AUGUCCCUAACCUCGCCCUUGGGCAUCACCUAUGGUGAACGUACCGCCGCCUUUUUCGCGGCCCCUGAGGACUUCCGCAAAUACAGAAAGAGCAUCAACAAAAGGCUCUUGAAAUUACGUCACGAACUCGGAAUCGUCACCAAGGAUACUCGCAACUACCAAGAGAAGGAACAAACGUCCUCCAUUUCUGCGUCGCUGUACGAGGCCGAUGUACGCAACGGUCUUCUUCUUCUUUUGCUCGCAGAACGUGACGUCGUCCAUGCAUUGGAGGUGAAAAGUCAACUCGAGGUGAGUCCCGAAAGAUCCUCGUCGCACCGGAAACUCAUGUCGACGAAAUUGAAAAAGGCGGUUUCAACGUGUAGAAAGCUCUUGGACGUGACCCAAAAUGAGUCUUCGGCCGUCAGAAGACUCGAGCUUUACUUGUAUGCUGCCCUAGUUCAUGGAACUUACAGUCUCAACAAGCAGCGGUGGAGCGAGGCGCUCUACAAUUUUUCUAUUGCGAGAUGUGGGCUUGAGCUUUUGAGCUCCCGUAGCAACGAGUCUGGAUUGGCGGAGCCAGCCCUGAUGUCCAAGCUGGCCAUCUCUGAGCUUCUCGAUACCUUGGUGGAUCCCUCGUUGAACUUGACGAUUUCUCAGCACGCUGCCAUCGAUGAUAAUGCUGCUGAUGUUCGCACCAUCGCCAGAAAGCAUUGCCGCGACGGCACUGUGGGUUACUUAAAGCCAUGUUUUGACCUCAUUGUGGACCUUGACAGCUCUUUCGUUGAAGAAAUUGAGGAGGAGCAAGUCUCCAAGACCAUCACCUGGAGACAACACGAAGCUACUUUGCACAAUGACGAGCUUGCUGUAAAGCUUGCCCGUGUCAAUCGCUUGGACUGGCGCGCAUUCAGUGAGCCUGAGCAGUUUGACGGGCUCUACUCACAGUGGUCCGCCUUGGUCGAUCUUCACACCGCUGACUUGUCCAGUAACAAGGAUGAGGACGACGAAAUGCGCGUCCAAGACGGUGCCAUUCUCUUGACUUAUCUUCGUUACAAUAUGUUCUUUGUCAGGGUUCGGAGAGACCUUCUUCUCGUGGACAAGUUGUCAGCACAGAAAACCGUCAGUUCUACCAAAACUCUUCGCUCCAGUAAGGAUGUGUUGCGUUUGUACUCUUCCAUUGACCUGACUGUCUCUGAAAUUAAAGACCUUCCAGGUGUUUACAACGACGACGAGCUCUUCCAAUCUUUAGAAAACUUGAGUCUUUUCUUCACUGCCAAGCGGUCUUUGGUUGUUGCGUUAUGUUAUUCUGCCGUUUACCAAGCUGAUAAAGCCUUGACCAUCCUUCUUCAUCUCAAGCGCACUUUUUCCGUCAGCGAGGAUUUCUACAAGGUGAGUGAAUUUCCAUACGAUGUCACAAGCUACUCGCAAGCAAAAGACUUGGAGCAAGUCAUUAAUAAGAGAUCCAUUGAGGUCUCGGCUUUGUCCCAAGUGUUGAAGUCGCAACAGCGUCACGAAUACGAGUACAUCUCAGAUAACGUCAACAAGUUUGACUUCUCCCUAGACAGCAUAAACCAUGUGAUCAAUGCAGACAAAAUCGGAGGAAUCAACCCUGUUUUGAGUAAGCCGGUCUUAUUUGAUAUUGCUUUCAACUACAUCGGGUAUGCUAACGAGGAAACGAUUCAACCUAAGGUCGAAAAGGCUAUACCUGCCAAGCCCGAAGAAGAAAAGAAAAAGAGCGGUCUCUUUGGUCUUUUUGGCCGCUAA